AUGGCCCAAAUCAUUAUCACCAGCGUUUUGUCGCCACUUUUGUGGUCGACGUGUUGGGCCGCCUGUGAACUAAAAUGGGUGAAAACGGAUCACAAGAAUCUGCCCCCGAAUUCCGUGUUGGCCAACGAGGGUUACACUAAAGAGACUGGGGAGUUCUAUGUAUCAAGGGCCGUCUAUAACGGUGUGAUGACUCCCGGCCGAUACAAACCGGCUGAGGAAAGGUGUUUCGUGACUAUGGACGGCAAGGAGUACGCCCUGGCGGACAACUUCGAAGUCCUAACGAACCCUAACAAGUGUUUCGUGGACUUCAUUAAAGCGCGCGACGGAACCCUACCUAAAGGUGCCGUCGAGGCCGGUGACGAUCCUAAAGGGGGGAAAGCCUACUCAGCCCGGUACAGAGGUGGCAACUCCUAUAUGGUGGGCAAGUUCUACAAAAGCACCAACCUCAUGUAUUACGGGUGGGGUGGCGGUGAGACAACCGAGAAACAAUACGAGAUACUUGUCAUAUCGGACAAAGCGCCCGACCACACCCUGCACCCUACCUGCGCCAAUAACAAGCCCGGUUUCGACAGCUUUGUGUGCGUGUGCACCGAGGGUCAGCCGUGUCAGAAGUUGGAGGGGCCCACAAAGACAGCACCGGGCGUUUUGACAAAGUGGGAGUCCACCGCUCAGGGUAACCGAUUCACGAAGACAGUCUAUAAGCUGGAAGAUAAGGCCAAACACGUGGACAUUGAUAAGGUCGGCUCCCAGUUGUAUGUCAAACUGAACAGGGAUGUCAAGCACCAGGAGGUGGUGGGUUUCGGGGGCGCCUUUACCGACGCCACCGGUAUUAACAUCUUAAAAAUGGGCGACAAAUUAGGCAAUCAACUGAUCGCCGAUUGUUAUGGUAAGGAGGGUCUGGAGUAUAAUAUGGGGCGUAUACCCAUAGGUGGGUCGGACUUUUCUACCCGAACCUAUUCGUUGGACGAUGAGCAAGGUACUGAGGAGGAUAAGACACUGGCUAAAUUCAAUUUGACCACGGAGGAUCUACAAUAUAAGAUACCUAUAAUUCAAAAAGCUGCAAAAAUGGCUGGACACGAUUUACUGUUAUUCGGUAGUCCCUGGUCGGCACCGGCCUGGAUGAAAGAUAAUAACAAAUUAAUCUAUUGCGGUGCGAUCAAGGGCAAACCGGGCACUGAGUACUGGCAGAUAUACGCCAAGUAUUUAGUCAAAUACCUGGAUGCGUACAAAUCGCACGGUCUCGGCCACUGGGGGCUAACCGUCCAAAACGAGCCCUACGCGUGUGACACCGGCUGGAACUCCAUGUGGUACUCACCGGAAACUAUGAGGGCGUUCGUAGGCCAGACCCUGGGACCCGAAUUGGAAAAGUCCGGAUACCCUCACGAUAAAUUCAAAAUUAUGACCAUGGACCAUAAUGUGGGCAUGGCAAAGGACUGGGUCAACCUGUACUACCAGGACGCUGACGCUACUAAGUACACGUGGGGAACGGCUAUUCAUUGGUACGGUCACGACCCUAAGGAGCAACUGGAUGGUCCCCACCAGCAGCACCCGGAUAAGCCGUUUUUGGCUACCGAGGCCUGCGUGGAGGGCGGUGUCAAAAUGGGCGACUGGAAUACCGCUGAUUUAUACGCGUUUGAUAUACUCAGUGACUUGCUACAUCACGUGGUCGGUUGGGUAGACUGGAACAUGGUGCUGGACACCCAGGGUGGUCCCAACUGGAAAAACAACUUUGUGGACGCCCCAUUACUGGUUGACCCGGUAAAAAAGGAGUACUACCGGCAACCGUCGUACUACGCGAUGGCACAUUUCAGUAAAUUUUUGCCACCCGGUAGCUACAGAGUGGACACACCUUUAGUGAAUAGCAAUAACAAUCACGGAGUGGUCGGUGGUUUCCGUACCCCCAACGGGUCGACAGUUGUUAUCGCGAUAAAUACGGAGGGAAUUGAAAUCGAUUUGAUCGUUGAGGACGAUAAGGAAGGUAAAUUGAUCGAGAAAAUAGCACCAAGGUCCGUUCAGACAUAUGUAUACUACGAUUAAAAUGUUAUAAAAUUUUGUGCAUGUGUAAUGUUACUUUGAUUAUUAUUGUAAAACCCUCAAUGUAAUUAAAUUAAACCUAAUUAAAUAAAUUUUCAUAAUUUUAAAUACACAACCAAGC